GUAUCCGCGCGCGGCGGUUGAGCUGCGCCCGGCGAGGCAACAGCCUGCGAACGCCAGUUAGGGGAGGGGCGUCUCGGAGACCCAGAGACACCAAGGCCCCUGCGACGAGGUGGCUGCCGCUAGGGGGCGUCAGGACGACGGACCGGGUUCGAGUUGGGCCCGCCCUUUCCGCCCCCGCCCCAGGCCCUUGCACAUCGGCAUUCGCGUCGGAGAGCGGGAAAGAAGCAGUGGCCAAGGCGCCGAUUUUAUUUGGAGAGAAGCAAGCAUCUUUGCCUCUUUGGAGUAGGAAAUUCAGACUUGAAAAAGUGGUGUGUGGUUGACUCUGUUUCUCGCCAUGUCUUCUCACAAGACUUUCACCAUUAAGCGAUUCCUGGCCAAGAAACAAAAGCAAAAUCGUCCCAUCCCCCAGUGGAUUCAGAUGAAACCUGGUAAUAAAAUCAAGUACAACUCCAAAAGGAGACACUGGAGAAGAACCAAGCUGGGUCUAUAAGGAGUCGCACUUGAGAUGGCCCACAUAUUUAUGCUCUAUCAAGGUCAUGAUCACCUUACGAUAUCAAGCUGAAAAUGUCACCACUAUCUGGACAGUUGUACAUCUUUUACUGGGAAUAUGUUUUUCUCUUUUUCUGUAUGUUCUGUGCUAGUAGGGUGGAUUCAGUAAUAAAUAUGUGAAAGCUUUUGUUUCAAAAA